AUGUGUGAUUAUUUCGAUUGGCGAGAUGAUGGUAAAGGAUUCGAGGUAUCACUUUCUGGUUAUUCACAUGAAACAUGCGUAGCACUUACUCAACCAUCUUAUUGGAAACAAUUAAAAAAAAAAGGUAAAAUGAUAUCCAUAUCAGUAAAAGGCAAUUAUGUUCCUAAAGAAUUCGAAAACAUAAUCUGGGAUGAUGAACCCCGAAGACUUGAACUUAUCAUUAAGAGCAAAGAUGAACAAGACAAAAAAGCCUUACAAGACAUUAGUUUUAAAAUUUAUGAUCGUUUCAUUUCGUUGCCAAAAAAAAAUCCUUAUCCACCUAUACAAGAUAUACGUUGUAAUGACCUGUUUGCUGGUGCAUAUUCGAUAGUAUAUGGAUGUUUGUAUAAUUCUCUUCCAACAUCAAUAUUUGAUACAAAUCGAUAUUUAUUAGGUGAAGAGAAUUUUAAGAUAAAAGAAAUUGAAAAACUAUGUGAAGUUUCGAUUACUGUUGAUCAAUCAGCACCAAACUUGUAUCGGUUUUUAAUUUCUAAGGCAAACGCAACUAAUAAUCUUCUUGCUAUGGCUCUAUUAGAAGGACUUGUGAAACAAGCACAAUAUCAGUAUUUACUUACAUUUCCUUUUUAUCACAGAUCAGCUGUAAUAGGAUUUGAUAUUCCAACUGACUACCAUAAAGGACAUGAACCGAUGUUAGAUGAAUAUUAUUUUAAUAAAAAUAAGGUUGAUGGAAAUGAGCAAAUGGCAACAAAACAACAAAUGGAUGAUUCGAAGAUGAAUACUACAGAUAAUAUAAUUUAUGAUGAAAAUAUUUAUCAAGAUGAAUCUUCUGAUUCUGAUUGA